AUGACGGAUUCUUACUUCAGAGGCCCCUUGCGGUUGAUUCUUAUCCUCUUCACACUGCCGCACCUCACCUGCAACAUGAUCUGUCCCAGAAGCUGCCUGUGCAACUUUAUAGGAGCCGUCAAGUGUGUUGGCUACACCAUCACAGAUAUACCAAAGCAGCUGCCUGUCCAAACAUACCUACUGCAGCUCAACGACACAAACAUGAAGAUCAUAAAUGAGCAGAGCCUGGAAAACCAGGACCUCCUGUUGCGCUUCAGUCUGACUAACAGCCAACUACACACUAUCCAUCCACUGGCCUUCCACGCUGCUCCACAGCUCAAGUCUAUCAAGCUGUCAUCCAACGAUCUCUCUACCCUUCCUGCUCGAGUGUUCAGUCCACUGACCACUCUGGAGCAGCUGCAUUUAGAUGGAAACCAGUUGGAAACCAUUGCUCCGGAAAUGUUUAACGGACUUGUCAGGCUGCAGGAUCUGGACCUGAGCCGCAACAAACUGACUAGUCUUGCUUCAGAAGUUUUUAACGGACUGACCAACCUUACCUUUCUUAACCUUGGCAGGAACUCCAUAAAGAAGCUUCCACUCACCAUUUUUCGCUCCUUGACCAAACUUAGCCACCUGAUGAUCUAUAACAAUGAGCUGGAGGUGCUAGAAGCUGCGAUGUUUGAUGGACUUGUCAACCUUGAGGAGCUAAAAAUCCACCACAACCAGAUUGCCAGCCUUCAACCUCAGGUGUUCUGGUCACUGAGGAACCUGAAGGUCCUCACCUUGUCCUCCAACCGACUUCAGGCUAUCCCGGAAAAAAGCUUUUAUAAUAUGCCCAAGCUGAGCAAGCUUACCAUUUAUAAAAACCCGCUGCUAUCUCUACCAGACCACCUGAUGGGUCACAUGCCUGAGAUGAGAGAAUUUUAUCUGUAUAAUACUAAUCUCACUACUGUUCCUGGAAAUUUAUUCUCCAACAUGUCUGGGCUGCUGAGCCUUAACUUACAUUUUAAUGACAAACUGAGGGAGUUGCCUUCAGACCUAUUCUGCUGCCUUCCCAACCUUCAGAAGCUCUCGCUGAAAUCCAACAACCUCCAUUAUCUACAUCCUCAGCUGUUCUGGAGAUUAACCACACUGGGCAUAGUGUUUCUCAGUAACAAUAAGCUGAAGAAUCUACCAGAAAGCAUUUUUCAGGGCCUUCGAGGGCUUAUGACCAUUGAUUUGAAGAAUAACGACCUCAAGACUCUUCCAGGAGAUAUUUUCUUGUCAAAUACAGUUUUGAGGGCUCUUACUCUGAGUGGCAACAUCUGGGACUGUACUUGUAGCAUUAGAGGUAUUGCAAGAUGGAUAAGACAUAACGAACAUGUGGUCAUUGACAAACAGGAUGUGAUAUGUCAUAGUCCAGUGUACCAACUGCUCCGAACAAUUGGCUCUCUGCGUGAUGAAGAGUUCAACUUUUGCGAUGCUAAGAAGGUCCCAAGUUAUUUUUCAACCAGUGGACAAAGACCUGCUUCAACAACCACACCACCCGGAACAACAUCAACCGCCACUCAAGGAACUACCCAACAAGUCACCAUCCCAGCAACCACCAAGCCUGCAGCUUCAACCAGCCCCGAUGCCACAACACUCUCAACAUCCCUCCACACUACUCACUCAACUUAUUACAUGUCGCCUUCUUUCUAUGACCGUCUUGUGAUUGAACAGGGGCCUGAGUUUGUUCACCACAACCUUCACAGGGGCUGGGUGUAUCUGUGGUUCCUGCCCUCAUAUACAGCCUUGGCCUGGUUCCUCAUGUUUUGCCAUAUCUUCCUUGUGGCCGCAGGCUUGUUCUUCAUUCUUGCUGCCAUAUAUGGCAUGUAUCUCCUUAGCAAGACCAUAGAUAAGCUAAAGGACGAGUGUGCACAUAAUGAAGGGUAA